GAAAGCGUCAUUUCCCGUUCAGGCAUCUCGAAUGGCGGUGCAGGAACUAAAACAGAGGGGUUUGAUUGAUCCGCAGCGCUGAGCUGUAGUUUUCCUUCACCGGGUCAAUUUGGAAUGAAAGCGUUUAGCGUGCGAAAAACUAUUCGCCCCCUAAGUUGUUCCUCGUAGGCAGCCGGAGCACGUUUUAACGAAAACGGCCGGCAGCCUGGCAGCAUGUACCGAGGCGGUAGGCCGCACAGAGGCUCUUACCCCUCGUCUGGUCGCGGCUUCGCUCCGCGCGGUCCUCCUUCGUUCGCACGGCCACCGUUCCGCAACGGAGUCCCCCACGGGUACCGCGGACCCCCGGAGCCGCACCGGCGCUCUCCGCCGAGGAGGAGGUACCCCUCCCCCGGAGGAAGAGGACCGGGGGACGGGCCUCCCUCCAGAGACUACGGACAUAGAUACACCCCCUCACCACCUCGAGGUGGGCUCCCUGUUGACCAUAGUCUCAUUAUAACUGUGGGCAAUGAGCUGACCCAGAGAGGAGGGCCAGAGAUCCCCUACGCCAGAGACUACUCCCCACGCCAGAGCUACGAUGGCCCCGAUGAUCGCAGCUCAAGAAAGCGCAGCCCCAGCCAUGGCCGGAGCAGGGGCUGGAGCCGCAGUCCUGACAGGAUGCGCAGCAAGAGUCGACCGAGGAGCCGCAGCAGGAGCCGCAGCCGUAGUCGCGGUCGGGCCGUGAGCCGCAGCAGGGCACUGAGCCGAGGGCGCAGCAAAAGCAGAGCGCGAAGCAAGAGCAGAGCGCGCAGCAAGAGCAAAGCAGGCAGCAGAAGUCGGAGCAGGAGCCGCAGCAGGGACCGCAGCAGAGGAAGGGGUAAGAGCCGCCCACGCAGCAGGAGCCGCAGUCGGAGCAGAAGCCGCAGCAGGGGAAGGAGCCGAGCCAGGAGCCGAGGGAGAAGUUCCAGCCGCAGUGGCAGUAGCAGCAGCAGCAGUAGUCGCAGCAGCGCCAGCAAGAAACGAAGUGAAGACUUCAGCGAGCUCAAGAUGGCCCGGCGACGUAAAGAACUGGAGGACAUGCUGUCGAUGCCCACUAAAUCCAUCCUGAAGAAGAGAAUAGACUCCUCCGAGACGGAUUCUCCCCUGUUAGCGCAGAAUGACGAUUCUCCACAAGGAAACGUAGGCAGUGGCCUUUCGCAAGAGGCAGAACAGUUACUCAGUGCAAUGACCAAAAACAUGGACCCAGACGUUCUAGCAUCAAUGCUUUCACAAAGUUCCAAUGCCAGUGCUCUUGAAGAGCUCAUCACCAGGCUUCAGCCUGCCAAAGAGAGUGGACAUGACCUUCCUUUCUCUCAUGAGAGACCAGGCCAGGACAACACAGACCUCAGCCAACUUCUCAACAUGAUGGCUGAAGUGGUGUCCCAACCACUGGACAAAAAGAAAAACUUUGUAGAUAUUGAAGAUGAAGAGAAGUUUCUCUAUGGGGAUGAAGAGGAGGAGCCCAGUUUUCCAGUGACGGGGAUGCCUAAAGCUGGACAGAGCAGCUUGUUGGAUGUCUAUGGGGAGACCAGAGCUGAUGUUGCACUUUAUAAUGAAACGAAAGUAGGCGCGAUGCAGCCUCACGACGUACAGAAGAAUGAUUAUGGCACGUCAUCUUACGUUCCUGGGCGUCCUGAAGAUUUGCUAAGCCAUUCAAAAAGAGAGAGCAAGUAUAGAGACAAGCACUAUCCUUCAGGCCGACCUGAGAAGAACCCUAACGAGGAACCUGGUAAUUUACCACCUGCUGUUGGGCCAAGUGAUGCUAAGGUUAGGCAAGAAGUAGAGGAAUAUGAGAAGAUACAGGACCUGCUCAAAACUAUUGGGCUUGACCUGGGUGUGGCUGAAAUCAGUAAAAUGGCUGCCAGGACACAAGAGCGUCUCCAUGGUAAGAAUCCUGCAAAGAAGCCCCCUGCAGCACGCCGCCAGUCUGACAGGAAGCACAGAAGUCGCAGCAGGAGUUACAGCAGCACUAGUACCAGCAGCCGGAGCAGGAGCCGGAGCCGGAGUAAGAGCAGCAGCCGCAGCCGCAGCAGCCACAGUCGCAGUCGUAGUCGAAGCAGCAGCCAUGAGCGGACCCCAAGCCGCACCAGGAAGAGGUCAGUUCCUCCUGAAAAACGAUCUUCAAGGUCAGUAAGUCAGAACCAGAAGGAGGGCCGAUCUGGCCCCAAAGCUGAAGAAAGCCCUUGGACUAAUGCAGGUCCUAAGCCUCCUGAAGUUGUCGGUCCAGGAACAAAUCCCUUCCCAACUCACCCUGGCCACCCAGCCCACCAGAUGCCUCCCUAUCCACACCAGCACCCGCAUGGGGUUAUGCCUCCCAACUACCAUCCCCCUGGCUUUGACCCUUAUGGGAACUACAUGCCAUAUAUGCCCCAAGGAUGGCCUAUGUACCCACCCCCAGGCAUGCCAGUGCCGCCACAAAGUCCCAUGGAUGAAUACAGCUCCCCUGCCACAGAGCGACCCUUCCUGAAAGUAAUUGAUACAAGUUCAAAUGAAAAGCAAGAGUCAGAUAAAAAGGGACCAAAAGUGGACCCAAUGCAAAGCAUGAAAGGUUGCAGCAGCAGCAAUCAGAGGAGAGUGAUUGAAGAAAAGAAUACAGCCAGCCAAAAACAAAAGGUUAUUGAAGAGCUUGAGAAGCUAAAGAGAGACAGAGAAUCCCGACUAAAGAAGAAAGAUAGUUUAAUAAAGGAGCUGGAGACAUUGCGAAAGCAACAAGGGGAACUCCUAAGAAAGAAGCGAAGGGAGAAAGAUGGACACAAGGACCCUGUCCUUAUUGAACUUGGUCAGCUUCAAGAAGACGUGAUGGCCCAGAUUUCCAAGCUGCGCGCCGAACAUGAGGCAGCAGAGAAGAAGCAUGAAGAACUGGUGAAGGUCGCGUCUAUCCUGGGUUUGGAUCACAGGAACCUCCGGAGCUCUGGGGACCGUGAGCAACCUCCCUCUCAGAGCAAGUCAAAAGAGAUGACCAGAAGCCCAGAGAAAUCUAAAGCUCCCUCAAACACUUCCACCACAAAGGUCACCAAGCCGUCGGCCACUCCAGCUAGUGCCCAGACUCCAGACACAUCAGCUGAGCUAUUUGAGUACUAUGAUGCGGGAAACCACUGGUGCAAAAACUGCAACGUUACUAGUGGUUCCAUGUUUGAUUUUUUCACACACUUGCACAGCAAAACACAUAGGAAGACCCUAGACCCCUACGACAGACCUUGGGCAGCAAAGUCUGAGAGUGAUAAGAAACGCCCCGCAGGGGAACUGAUUUCCAAACCAGCAAAAGGCUCAGAGUUUUUACUUCCUGUGAGAGGAUUUUUUUGCCAGUUGUGUGUACAGUUUUUUGGCGAUCCUAUUUGCGCAGAGGCCCAUGUCACGUGCCAUGCACACAACGAGAAGUACAAGAAACAAAUGUAUGAGAAUCCUCUCUAUGAGCAAAGGAGGAACCUGGAUCGCCAGGCUGGCAUGGAGAGUGAAAAAAAGCAGCCUGAGCACAAACGGAAGCGUGAUGAUUAUGAUGACACCCAAGAUGACCAGAAAAAGUCCAAACUCAGCAAAGAUGAGGGAAAGAAGUCCAAGUGCAAGGAUGGAGAAGAGGAUAAACCUAAAUACAGUAAAGAAGGUGACCAAAAGGUGAAGUACAUCAAAGAGGAGGAGAGCAAACCUAAAUACAGGAAGGAGGAGGAGGAGCAUAUGAAAUUCAAGAAGGAAGAAGAGAAACAAAAAUUCAAGAAGGAGGAGGAUGAGCGGCUUAAGUAUAAAAAAGAAGAGGAGGAGAGGGCCAGGCAUGCUAGGGAAGCAGAAGAGAGGAACAAGUAUAGAAAGGAAGAGGAGGACCGGUAUCGACAGAGGAAAGAGGAGGAGGAGAGAUAUAGAGCUGAAGAAGAGAGAUCUAGGUACAGGGAAGAAAGUCGGUACAGGUACAGGGAAGAUGAUGACAUGUAUAGAUACAGGAAAGAAGAUGAAAGGUCCAGGUAUGGUAGAGAAGAUGAAAAGAAAUACAAAUACAGCCGCGAAGCUGAGGAAGACAGGAGACCAAAAUACAGGGAGGGUGAGGGGGUAAAGUGGCCAAAAUCUAAGUGGGAGGAUGAAGAUGAGGAGAGAACUAGAUAUGAGAAAAAGGAAGAUAAAUGGCAGCGCCAAAAAGACAAGGCUGAUCGGGGCAAAGAGAGUUCUAAGACCUCGGCAAAAGACACCAAGGCUGAGCCUGAGAAACCCAGUGAGCCUCCUAAGAUCCUGUGUGGGCCCAGUCCAGCCAUGCUGGCAAAACUUCGGAAAAAGAAUGAGGAGGCUACUGGCCGUCCUGCCUUUGGAAAGUUCAGCUGGAAAAAGCCUGAAAAGACAGCGCUGGAGAAGGAAGCCGAAAGAAUUGCAGCACAGUUCAUAAAGGAAGAUGAAGAGAGUGUUGCAGCUGCAGCAGCACAGGAGAUCAACAAAGACCCUGAGGACCAUGAUGCAUUUACCAAAUCGGUGGCUGCUGCCAAGAGCAUUGCCAUCAAAUUGUCUGGCAAGACCGUUCUUCCCCCUUCUGAAGAAUGGGUAGCCUAUAACCAAAACAAAAACCGCCCUAGUGUACCUCCUACUUCCAAUAUUCUGAGAAAGUCCAAUGUCGGGUUCCAGAACAAACCAGCUCCUCUGAACACACUCCCCUCGGUUGGACCAGCCACUGCCACAGUCAGCAAAUCUCCUGUGAUGAAAACCCAGCCCCAGAAGGACGCUGUGCUCUCAGCAGAUCUAAUCUCCAUGGCAUUUGGAGGUCAAGAGGUGCAGUUGAAAACUCCAGGUGAUAACGUCUCAAAUUCUCCAGCAGUUACAUCAAGCUCCUUAACAACUGCUUCUACACCAUCUCCAACAGUUACUUCAGUGCCACCUCCAAUUACUUCUAUACCCCCUCCAAUAAUUACUUCUAUGCCGCCACCACCAAUUACUUCUAUGCUGCCACCACCACUUACUUCUAUGCCGCCACCACCAAUUACUUCUAUGCCACCACCAACUACUUUUAUCCCUCCUCCAACAGCUGCUUUCAUGCCACCACCACCUACUUUCAUGCCACCUCCAGCAUCUACUUUUUUGCCACCUCCAACAGUUACUUCUGUGCCUCCUCCAACAUCCACAAUGAAGGAUGUUGAGGCUGUCCAGCUGAAGGCACCUCCUGAAUGUAUUGUCAGUCUCGAGUCUGAUGUAGCUGCUCCUGGAGUACCUGAGGAGGAGCAGAACCUUACAGUAGUGGUCCGUCCUCCUCCUCAACUUCAGACUAAAGCAAGUGACUCCUCUUCAAAAUCAAACAAGCCUAAAAAAAGCCUUGCUGCAGCAAAAGCAAAAGACUUAUUUGAUAUUUUCUACAGUGACAGCAGCACUAUGGUUAGCUCCAGCGUUGCCAGUGCUGGCAACAAAGCAGGCACGAAGUCUAACUCUAAAGCUAACUCUGCACAACAGGUGACCAGUCAAGAAGAUAAAGAUUUAACAAAGGUUGGGAGCCCAAAGAUUGGAGACUCCAAGUGUGAAGAAUCAGCUGCAGAUAGAGAAACAAAAUCUGAACCACCAGCUGUGGAUAAAAGUUCUCUAGACGAGGAACCAGAGGUAGACAAAAGCUCUCUGUUUCGAGGACCAGGUGGAAAAAGGGUUUCUGGGCAAGGUACCACAGGUGGAUAAGGGCUCUCUGAAUGAGGAACCACAGGUGGAUAACGGCUCCCUGCAGGAGGAGCCACAGGUGGCUAAAGACUCAAAGACUUUGGAGGUCUCAGAAAAUGAAGAGAACAGUGAGAGUUUAGAAAUGAUUGUUAACAAGAAUGAAGCAGACUCUCUGGAUCACGAGGCCUCCUCAGCAAUCCUGGACAGCAUUGAGAUCAUGGAUACAACUGAUAACCUGGAUGGGGAUAAUCAGGAUGGGGAAAACCCUCUGGACUCUGAAGAUGCUAUAACCGUUUCAUUUUCCCCCCCACCAGGGUCUUUCACAGAGCAACUGAAUUUGGACACAUUUGAGUUCAAUUUUGACUCUUUGUAAAGGACCUUCAGACAGUAGGUUUAGGGAUGUGCAUGAAACCUCUCUGUUUCUGUAUCUUUAAUUUGUAAAACAUUUAAUUUGCGUUGUUCAGUCGAGAUAUUUCAUAUCUUUUCUUAACCUUUUGGCAGGUAAUGCCAGUGAAAUGAUGGACUGACACUCAUUCUGAAGUGGGUGUUGGGAAGGAGAUUCCACAGAAAGAAUGAACACUUUCUCGUCAAGUAAUGAAUCAUUAAUACAUGUAAAAUGUUACAGUAUUUUUUAUUGUACAUGGUUUUGAACAUCCUGCUUUUUCCUUGCCUUGUUUGCAGCUGAAACGGUUCCUUUUUUUAAAAAAAAAAAUAAGGUAAUGUAAAACAUUUUUCUGUGUUUAGGUCCACUUUAAGUUCAUGUCUAAAACCAUUCUGCCUGUUUCUUCCAUUUAAGUAAAUUAAAGAUAUUUUAAUACAGGAGCCAGAGAGAUCCAAGCUCAGAAGAGAAAAAACGGUAUGGAGGUCGGCAUAAGAUAUUUUCUCUUCACAGCCCUUACCAGAAAUGAAGCAAGAUCUACAUAUUGUACUUUCAAAAACAUCUUGGAUGUCAAGAUGGUGGAUAUCAUUUUCCUUUUUUCACCCCCAAGCUUCCUAAGAAAAAAAGGACAUGAAAGUGCUCUACCUGCCCUGUUUGUCUCCGUAAAUAAUGUUGUUCUGUAGUUGCUGGUGUACAAGUUGUAGUUCAAAUAAAUUUCAGUGACCAAA